AUGAGCGGCGACAACAGCAGUGUUCGCUUCUGGCGCAAACAGAAGUUAGGGUCACGCGACUUCACUCUUCGGGAGAACAGAGAAACAGGCGAGGUCGAUGCUGAAGGCGAAGGAGUUUCUGGAGGCGAUGGCAGCAUCCGCCAAGGAGCGUCAACUGAGUACCGCACCUACAAACGACGUUGGUUUGGUCUCGCUCAGCUUACACUGAUGAAUAUCAUUGUGUCGUGGGAUUGGAUGACCUUCGCACCAGUCGCAUCACACGCUGCUGAGUACUAUGAUGUGCGCGAAUCAACCAUCAACUGGAUCAGUACUGCAUUCUUCCUUGCGUUUGUGUUUGUUUUUCCCAUCAGCAUUACCAUCCUUCACCGAGGCCCAAAGCUGGCCUUCAUGACAGCUGCUGUUCUCAUCCUCAUCGGAAAUUGGAUUCGAUAUGCCGGUUCUACCAAAGCUAGCGGCGGAAACAUCGCAUGUGCCAUGGCUGGAGAAAUUGUCAUUGGCUUUGCCCAACCUUUUAUUCUUGCAGCUCCAACUCGAUACUCGGAUAUGUGGUUCACUAACCGCGGUCGUGUUGCCGCCACAGCCUUGACGAGUCUGGCCAACCCGUUCGGUGCAGCAUUUGGACAACUGAUUACACCAAUGAUGGUCAAGAAAUCUAGCGAUGUUUCCUCCAUGGUUCUGUACAUCUCCAUUAUUUCAACUGUCUGCGCCCUCCCUGCGUUCUUUCUCCCAGCCAAACCUCCUACACCAGUUGGCCCCUCCGCCGAGACUCCUAAACUCAGCCUUCGCGAAUCCGUUGGUGUUCUGACUAGCUCUUUGGAGAUAUGGUUGAUUCUCAUUCCGUUUGCUGUUUAUGUCGGUUUCUUCAACUCGAUCUCGUCACUUCUCAACCAGAUGCUCACACCUUACGGCUUUUCCGACGAUGAGGCUGGUAUUGGCGGCGCUGUCCUGAUCGUCGUUGGUCUCGUCGCUUCGGCCAUUUCCUCCCCUAUUAUCGAUCGCACGAAGAGCUUCCUCCUCACUAUCAAGAUUCUUGUCCCCCUCGUUGGUAUCAGUUACCUGAUUUUCGUAUGGAUGCCCGAGACAAAGGACAUCGCUGGCCCCUAUGUAGUCCUCGCCAUCCUAGGCGCCUCGUCCUUUUCGUUGGUCCCGGUCGCACUCGAGUUUCUCAUCGAAUUGAGCCAUCCACUCAGCCCCGAAAUCACGUCAACAUUGGCUUGGGCUGGGGGUCAGCUCUUCGGCGCUAUUUUCGUCAUUGUCAGUGAUGCACUCGUUGCAGACAAAAAAGCCAAUCCACCAAAGAACAUGAAGAAUGCCCUAGUAUUUCAAGCAAUUGUCGCUCUUGUAGUGGUGCCCCUUCCCUUGUGUCUGGGGCUGUUCGGUCGCCAUCACAAGACAACGCUUCGUCGCGUUCGCUCUGACGAGCAGAAUCGCUCAAAUACAACCAUAACCACUAACCCGUGA